AUGACUGUUGAAAAGAAGACAUCUGAACAAACGACAAAACCAAUAGAUGAUAAAACAAGUUCUUGUUUAACAUGUGGUCGUUCAAAAUCAAAAACCAAAGUUUCAUCAUCAUCAUCAACAACAGUUUCAUCUAAUGGUUUACUUGAUGAACGUCGUCGUUUACAAUUAAAUACUCAUCGUCAAGAAUUAGGUACCAUUCUUCAUGAGCAUAUUCAAUCAUCACAACCACCAAUUCGAAAAUUCGAUGAGCAUGGAAAAGAAAUUGAAAAAAUCAUUCGUAGAAGUUUAGUACUUGUUACACAUCCAAAAAUGCAAUCAUAUGAACAAAUUCGUAAUGAUUUAAAAACUGAAUAUAAACAAACAUUUUAUCUUAUUGAUCCAAUUAUUGAUAUCGUACGUGAUACAUUUAAUCAUUGUGAUAUAAUACAAAUGAAUGAAAAAACUAAUAUUGAUAUAUUAAAUUCAAAUAUAUCACAAACUGCAAAUUUAUAUAAUAAUCAAAUGAAUUUAUUAACAACUGAAGAACAUAAAUUAUUAAAAUCAAAUCAAUUAUCAUGGUUACAACAAUAUUUAAUUGAUAAUGAAUCAAAUGAAAAAAAAUUAACACGCAAACAAAUUAAAGAAUUAAAUAAAAUUUUACAACGUAGUUUUGAAAUACUUUCAACUAAUCUUAUAUCAACAUGGGAUGAAUUAUUAUUACAAUUACAACGUGAAUAUCCUAAAGCACAUGAUUUAUGUAAUCGUUCAAUUGAAUUGUUAAAACAAUCACAUAAAGAUGGUUUAUUUUUAUUACAACAAGCUCCUAAUGAAGAAAAACGACGUUUAUCAUUUUUAUUAAGUGAACGUGCAAGACAAAAUUUAAAAACAAAUCGAUCAAAAAUUAUAUUAUCAUUAAAAAAUUUAUUAAUUAAUCAUAAUAAAUUAUCAAAUGAUAAUAAACAAUUAGAUAUUUAUCUUAAUAAAACAUUUUCAUAUUUAGAACAACAAAAACAAGGACAAUUUAAAACUUAUAAUGAUUUAAAACAACAAUUAAAACAAGAUUUUAAAAAUAAUAAUCAAGAUUAUUUAAUUGAACAGAUGGUUGAUAUUAUUGAACAAGCACAUGCAACAAAUCAAUUUGAUGAUAUUGAUAAACCAGAAGUACAAACUUUAAUGAAAGAUAGAUUAGAAGGAAAACCAUUAAUUAUUAAAGAAAUGUAUGUUUCAUUACCACCACGUGUAUGUGUAACAAAAUCUUCAAAUGAUGAAACAUCACGUUAUUUACCAACAUCAAUAAAUGGUGAUCGAACAUUAAAUAAUACAACAUCAUCACAUUCAAUAGCUCGUGGUCUUAGUUGGAGAGAAGCAAAUGAACGAGCGCGAAUUUUAUUCUAUAGAGGAAAACAUCCAGCUAUACAUUAUGAUGAACAAGCUGAUGCUUUUGAUGUUAGAAUGCUACUUGAAACAGCAUCGGGUGGCACUCAAGAAAUACCUGUUACAGAUACUGAUGUUCAUGAAUUGCUUAAUUCAUGUGGUGUUCAAUGGGAUGGUGUAAAUAUAAUAUCAUUAGUUGAUCAUAGUGAAGAUGUCGUACGUGCUGCUGAACAAGCUGCAUUAAGAGUUAUUCGAGAAAAAGGUAUUUUUGAUUUACGAACACCACCAUCAACAACAAACGUUGAUAUUCUUGAUGAUGAUCAUAAUGGAUCAGUUGUUUCACCUGAUGCAACGACAUCAUCUUCAUGA